AUGGCGUACAACAGGAUGAGCAUCAUCCCCCAGCAGCAACAGCAGCAGUCGCGCUCGCGCAAAAAAGAGGACGAAGCCGACGCGUUUAUGCGCCUGCCCGACAGCGAAAUCGUCGGCUGCAUCACAGAAAUCGGCAUCAACUUUACCAUUGCCGACCUGCAGAAGCCGAACCCGGCGCACGUGCAGCAGAUUUUCGAGUGGUUCGCCGAGCUGCUCCUCAACGCGACGCGCGAGACCGUCGACCCAGCCAUGCGUGCCGCCGCCCAGGACGUCUGCGGCGAGUUUGCCGACGUGAUCCCCCCGGACACACGCAACCUCAUGGGCUUCUACGUCUCACUGCGGCAGCUGCUGCUCGAGUGCGGCAUCACCGAUCUGUCCUUCAACGACCUCUAUAAGCCGACGUACGACCGGCUGGUCAAGAUCUUCAGCUACCUCAUCAACUUUGUGCGCUUCCGGGAAUCGCAGACGCCCGUGGUCGACGAGCACUACAACAAGUCCGAGGGAAUCAAGACGCGCAUCGAGGCGCUCUACGCGGAUAAUCAGGAGAACGAGGGUCGUCUCGAGGACAUGCGCCACAACCGCAGGGCCAUGGAGGCGCAGGUCGCCGAGAAGACGGCGCGCAACGAAGAGCUCAAGCAGCGCCUGCUCGAGCUGCGGCGCAACCAGGAGCGCGUGGCGGCGCGCCUCGACGAGGCAAAGCAGCGGAAAACAGAGCUGACGGGCGUGCUGGAGCAAAAGACGCAGGAAAAGCUGACCCUGCGCCACGAGAGCGCCAAGCUGCGGCCGUACGUGCUCCAGAGCCCCGCCUCGCUGCAGGACCACCUCGCCGAGCUGCGCGACAUUCUCAACAACGACAAGGCGCACAUUGACGCGCUGGACCGGCGCGCCCGCGCGCUGCAGACGUCGUCGGACUCGUUUGGCGCCGUGGCCGCCGACGUGGAGGCGUGCAUCCGGAUCCUUGAGGAGAUUGCGGCGGAGCUGGCGAAGGAGGAAGAGGAGCUGGCGCGGCACACAAAGCAAAAGGAGCUGCUGACGGAGCGCGGCAACAACGCGCGCGAGGUGGAUCGCACCGAGACGAUGCUGAAGCGGCAGCUGGACAAGUGGCACGACCGCACGGCGCGGCUGCGCGAGCAGGCGGCGCACAAGGCGGCCGAGGCGCGCGACCGCGUGCACGAGCUGCGCGGCGUGCACGCGACGCUGACGCAGGAGCAGGGCGACCAGAGCAAGGAGAUGGCGAUUCGGCGCGUGCGGAUUGAGCAGAAGGAAAAGGAGAUGCUGGAUCUCAAGGAGGCGAUUGAGAAGGAGGUGCACGCGGCGCAUGACGAGUACCUGAAGAUGGAGUCGCAUGUGAAGCUGUACAUGACGGAGAUGGAGCAGGCCAUUCUGCAAUGA